AUGAUUCUCCGCACCGAGACUUUAGAUACAGUCACAUUAGAAUCGAUGACCCAACAAGCUCGACAAUACCUUCAACUACAGGGGAAAAACGGUGACGGCAUUAUUCCUAACGUUCAAGAUAUGACCCCGAUCAUUGGCAGGCAAUCGAAAAUGGUCGACAUUUCGAAGUACGUCAGUACGUUAUCCUUGGAGGGACAGACUUCCCCAGCAAGUUUACCAUGUCACAAUAUCCUCGUGGCUCGAAACUUGCGAUUCUUCGGCCGCCAUGAGACUCUACAACAGAUGAGUGAGUACUUCAGUUCUCACGAGGCACUUUCCGGCAUGUCUUCGCUGGCACUUUAUGGACUUGGUGGUGUUGGGAAAAGCCAGAUUGCCUUGGAAUACGCAUGGAAGAAACAACCUGAGCUGGAUGUCGUGCUUUGGGUACCGGCCGAGAGUCAGAUUGCAAUAAUACAAGCGCUGAGCAGCAUUGCAACAAAGACACUGAAGCUACCAAAUGCGGAUCCAACUUCGCACAAUCAAAAUGCCGUGCUCGUCAUGGAAUGGCUAAAGACAACAGGUACCUGCACAGUCCUCUCUGCUCCCUUACCUGACUCAAAGUGGCUGCUCAUCUACGACAACGUUGAAAGUCCUCUAGUGUUCGAGUCAUACUGGCCAGUAUCGAAUCACGGCUCAAUCGUGAUCACAACAAGAAACCUCAGCCUCAUAGCUCAACCCAUCGGCAAAAGCAUCGAAGUGCACGAAUUCCCUCGCGACACCGGUGCACGGUUUUUGAUUGACAACCUUCCAGGAAGUAACAUCUUGGAGCCAAGUCCCGACUUUGUCAACGCACAAAGGAUUUCCGAAAAAUUGUCUGGACAUGCUCUCGCGAUCAGCCAGAUGUCUGCUCUUAUUCAUGCCAAGGGUAUCUCACUCGAGGAAUUCCUCAUCAUGUACGACAAGCACCCGAAGAAGAUGCACCGUGAACGCAGUAGCGGAUGGAAGUAUCCUGGCUACGAACUUGCUGUAGACACGGUGUGGGAGUUGUCAUUCAACAGUCUCAGAGGUGAUACUGAUGCCCAACAUUGUCUAAGCAUCGUGUCAUUCUUGAUGCCAGACUCGAUCCCACAAGAGCUAUUCGAGGGCUCUGAGACAAGUCGAACACAUCCAGCGCUCAAGUUCUGCGAAGAUGAGUAUCUCAGGGGCGAAAUCUUUGAGCUUUUAGCAGAACUAGCUUUGAUCAGAAUCCUUCCCGACACCAAUGAAAUCUCAGUCCACAGACUUGUACAAUCCGAGUUUCUCUUCCACAUGGCGGCGGAUAAUCGCCAAGAAGCGUUUGAUGCGACGAUUCUCCUGCUUCUAGACAAAUUUCCUGACCGAGGGGAAAGUCUAGUGGACGAGCGACAUUGGAAGCAAGCUGAGCGGUACCUAUCCCAGGUCCUUGCAGCUUUAGGGAGGUAUUGUGACUCUCAGAAGGAACAAGAAGUUCUGAAGCCAUCUCUGAACCUUCUGAACCUCAUCUGUGACACUUUAUGGUACCUUGCUACAAACGAUAGCGCAGGCAGCAGAGAUUUUGUGCUGGACGUGGCAUACACCGCAUGGGACAAAUGGGAGUUCAAAACAGACGCGCCGCUUAUCCAUGCCUACAUCCUUGCCAGGGGCAGCGACCAAGAUCUUUGGAAUGGGGAAUUCCAGAACGGAACCCGGAAAGCUCUUGAGGCUCUAAACAUUGCCCUCGAACACCUCUCGACGGAUAAUGAACGCGUUGUUCAAUACAGCAGCGACUAUGGUAUCGCACUUGGUAGCGCAGGACACUAUGUUCGCGGCGCCAAUUACAUCGGCCAGGCACUGGACACCUUCAAUAAUGACCCAAAACGAUAUGGUGUUGCGAAGGGCCUGCUGUUGAACGCCAACAUGGCUCGAAAUUCUUACUGUAGUGAACAGUACCAGGAUGCUGAGGAGAGGCUCACGCUCAUUCUCCAACAAUCGCGCGAUUUGCAAAGCCUAUAUUGGCAGGCAAUCAUUCACUUUGCAUUCAUAUCGCUGGGACUACGCUCCAAAAAUCUCACACUUGCAGAGGAACAUCUAGUCCUCGCCAACAAAGCAAUUGAAAACUUCGGGAAUGGACGUAAUCUACAGCUUGGGGGCAUGUACAACUACUUCGGAGGACGUGUGAGAUUAGAUCAAGGAAGAAUACCAGAGAGCAUCGUAUUCUUCGAAAAAGCCAUAGCUAUUGACGGCAUACAAGUGACGCCUCGCGGAUACCGUGCACGUCACCUGUGGGCUUUGUCUCGUGCACAAAGCAGACUCCCCGAAAAUGAAGCUACCGCCACAAAGACUCGGCAAGAGGCUUUGAGGCUGGCAGGAAACAUCACCUUGGAAGCGGUCGGAGAUAAUUGGGAUGCGUUUGAUCUAUUGAUUAGAAUUGUUGAGCGCUGA